AUAACUAUCAUUCUACCUCACUAAGAAAUAUGGUUGCUGCUUCGGUGAAUCGCACUGCUCUGCACCCUGGUGGUGUUCAGCCGGGCAAGGGUCACACUGAGCUCGAGGAAGAGCUUCAUGAACACGCCCACAUUGACUAUGACCGCGUUGCUAUUAUUGCCAACCCUGCUGUCCCUGCUCUCUACGAAGAUGCUCUGGUCUACGAGACUGGUACCGCUAUCACCUCCAGCGGUGCCCUGACUGCCUACUCUGGUGCUAAGACUGGUCGCUCUCCCUCUGACAAGCGUAUCGUCAAGGAGGAGACCUCCGAGAACGAUGUCUGGUGGGGACCUGUCAACAAGCCCAUGACUCCUGAUGUCUGGCGCAUCAACCGUGAGCGUGCUGUCGACUAUCUCAACACCCGUAACCGCAUCUACGUUAUCGAUGGUUUCGCCGGCUGGGACGAGAGAUACCGCAUCAGCGUCCGUGUCGUCUGCGCCCGUGCCUACCAUGCUCUCUUCAUGCGCAACAUGCUUAUCCGCCCCUCCCAGGAGGAGCUGAAGCACUUCCACCCCGACUACGUUAUCUACAACGCUGGUUCUUUCCCCGCCAACCGCUUCACUGAGGGUAUGACCUCCGCCACCUCCGUUGCCAUCAACUUCGCCGAGAAGGAGAUGGUCAUCCUGGGUACCGAGUACGCUGGUGAGAUGAAGAAGGGUGUCUUCACCGUCCUCUUCUACGAGAUGCCCGUCAAGCACAACGUCCUGACCCUCCACUCUUCGGCCAACGAGGGCAAGGAUGGCGACGUGACCGUCUUCUUCGGUCUCUCGGGUACUGGCAAGACCACUCUGUCUGCCGACCCCAACCGUGCCCUGAUCGGUGACGACGAGCACUGCUGGACCGACCGUGGUGUCUUCAACAUCGAGGGUGGCUGCUACGCCAAGUGCAUUGGCCUCUCCGCCGAGAAGGAGCCCGAUAUUUUCAACGCCAUCCGCUUCGGAUCCGUCCUCGAGAACGUUGUCUUCGACCCCAUCUCCCGUGUUGUCAACUACGACGACUCUACCCUUACUGAGAACACCCGCUGUGCCUACCCCAUUGAGUACAUUGAGAACGCCAAAAUCCCCUGCUUGUCCGACAAGCACCCCUCGAACAUCAUCCUCCUCACCUGCGACGCCCGUGGUGUCCUUCCCCCGAUCUCCAAGCUCACCACCGAGCAGACCAUGUUCCACUUCAUCUCGGGUUACACCUCCAAGAUGGCUGGUACUGAGGACGGUGUCACCGAGCCCCAGGCUACCUUCUCCUCCUGCUUCGCCCAGCCCUUCCUGGCCCUGCACCCUAUGCGCUACGCUCGCAUGCUGGCGGACAAGAUCUCGCAGCACAAGGCUAACGCCUGGCUGCUCAACACCGGUUGGGUUGGUGCUGGCGCUACCACCGGUGGUAAGCGUUGCCCUCUCAAGUACACCCGUGCCAUCCUGGACGCCAUCCACAACGGCUCCCUCAACCAGGUUGAGUACGAGACCUACGAUGUGUUCAACCUGCACGUUCCCAAGACCUGCCCCGGUGUUCCUUCCGAGCUCCUCAACCCCAAGAACAGCUGGACCGCCUCGACGAACUUCUCCGACGAGGUCAACAAGCUUGCCAAGCUGUUCAACGACAACUUCGGCAAGUACGCUGACCAAGCGACGCCCGAGGUCAUUGCGGCCGGUCCGGUGCCUCAGUAAAUUGUUUCCCAUUCUGUUUUUCCAUUUCCUUUUAUCUGCUUUUGAUAUCUUGCAUGGCGUGCUGCGUUUCCAAUCAUGGGUCAUUUGAAUCUUCCACUACCAUGUGUG